CUGUGUGUCCGGACUUCACAGCGGAACAAGAGGAGGGUGGUGCCGGGCCAGCAGCAGGGCGAGGGCUCCUCCGGGCUUCACACCUGAGCAGGUUGGCCUGGAGCUCCCCAGACUGGACCACCCAUCAGAAAAGGUGGGACCGACUAGGGCCGGGCUGGGUUUUGAUGACAACCGGACUUCAUGAGAAACACUAUGUCAGGAAGAUCCCGACCCUGCGAAGCUGGUCCAGCCCCUGCUUUCCUCUCCCCGCGCGGUGCUCCAUCCUCAGGGGAUAGAGUAGCCGCUUCACCCAGCCGAGCGAUGCAGGCGGAACCUGGAGGUUCUGAGACCGUGACAGGUCAGGGGACAGGCCCGAGAACCAGCGGAAACCUGUGUCAGGAGAGAGAGUCAGAGCCGGGCUGCGCCAUGUCGGAACUGAGGCUUCUUCUUUUAGGGAAACAUGGCGCAGGGAAAAGUGCCACAGGAAACACCAUUCUGGGCAAAGCUGUGUUCAAGUCCAGGUUCAGUGAGCAGAUGGUGACUAAAACGUGCCAGAGAGAGAGUGGGGCCACGCAGGGGAGGGAGGUUGUGGUCAUCGACACCCCUGACCUUUUCUCCUCAAUAACUCGGGCCAAUGACAAGGAAGGCUACAUUGAGCGCUGCCUGGAGCUCUCAGCUCCCAGCCUCGACGCCUUGCUUCUGGUAAUUCCCAUCGGCCAUUAUAAGGUGGAGGACAGAGAAACAAUCAAGGGCAUCCAGAAGGUGUUUGGAGCUAAAGCCAGGAAGCACAUCAUUAUAGUCUUUACUUGGAAGGAUGAUUUGAUGGAUGGCUUGCUGGAAGAUUACAUUGCAAGUGACGAGUCUGUUAGGGACUUGGUUCAAAACUAUGGCGGCCGAUACUGCGCUUUCAACAACAAGGCAAGCGAGAAUGAGCGGGACGCCCAGGUGAAGGACCUCCUCUGCAAGGUCAAGUGUUUGGUGGAUGAGAACCAAGGACCAUACUGGGUGAGCUUCAAAAAUGAAGACAGUAGAUUCCAGGAUUGUGUGAAUGAAGCUACAUCUCAGAGGGAGGACCGUCCACAUGGGUCAGGGGAGGAUCAUCACCAGGCUACAGGAUGUGAGCCGAACCAGGGGCCAUCAGCACUGAAGGUCCUGCUCGUGGGGAAGCACGGUGUGGGGAAAAGUGCAGCCGGAAACAGCCUUCUGGGGAAGCGGGUCUUUGAGACCCAAUACAGUGAACAGCCAGUAACCCAGAGGUGUAAGUCCGAGAGCAGAACCUGGAGAGGGAGGAAAGUUUUGAUCAUUGAUACUCCAGACUUCUCAUCGCCAAAGGAUGUUGAACAAGACCUUUUGAACAGCACCUUUCCAGGUCCCCACGCCUUCCUGCUGGUGACCCCACUGGGCUCUUUCAAUGAGAGAGAUCACAUGGUGCUGCGUACCAUCCGCAGCAUUUUUGGAGAUAAAUUCGUUGAGUACAUGAUUGUUCUCCUCACCAGGAAAGAAGAUCUAGGGAAUCAGGAUCUAGAUACGUUCUUAAAAACCAGAGCUAAAAGGCUCUACGAGCUCAUCAGGGAAUGUAAAAACCGAUGCAGCAUCUUCAACUAUAGAGCAACGGGAGAAGAGGAGCGGUGCCAGGUGGAUGAGCUCCUGCAAAAAAUUGUGAGCACGGUGCAGCAGAAUGGGGGCAAGCCUUGCACCUUCAGGGGGAAAGAGUCCCUGUGUAUUAUCCUCGUGGGGAGGAGCGGGGCUGGGAAGAGUGCCAGUGGGAAUACCAUCCUCGGGAGGCCGGAGUUCCACUCUCAGCUGGGAGCACAGCUGGUCACCAAGACAUGCCAGAGCGGCUGGAGGACGUGGGAUGGGCAGGAUGUUGUGGUUGUGGACACUCCCUUGCCCUGCCUGGUGUCCGGAGCUGAAGGGGGUCCAUCCCAGCUAGAUGAGGAGGUCAGACGCUGUUUGUCCUACUAUAAAGAAGGGAGUACGGUUCUGGUCCUGGUAUUACAGCUAGGACGGAUCACUCAAGAGGACAAAAAGGCAGUGGCGGAAUUAAAGACCAUCUUUGGAGAGGAAGUUAUGAAAUACACGAUUGUGCUGUUUACCCGGAAGGAAGACUUAGAGACUGGGAAGCUUGAAGAUUAUGUCAAAAACACAGAUAACAGAUAUCUUAGGGACAUCAUUGAGAAAUGUAAGGGGAGAUAUUGUGCUUUUAAUAACAAAGAAACUGGCCAAGCCAGGGAAGAGCAGGCAAGAGAGCUUUUGUCAGAGGUCACUAACCUGAUAAAGCGCCGUGGAGAGCAUGAAUAUCCCCAUCCAUGGGGGAAUGUAGGCAAAAUAAUGAAAAAUUUUCAGCCCCAAAAAUUACUAAAUAAUUUAAAAAGUACGUUACUGUAAAAUUACUAAAUAACUUAAAGGGUAGGUUACUGUAGGAAGCCCCACAUUAGUAAAUAAUUUAAAAGCUAAGUUGCUAUAGCAAGCUGAAAUGCCUGGGGUCUCUUUAAGUUAGAGAUACCCUCAGGCUACAAGCAUGGGGGGUGGGCAUGGUAAGACUGGUGGGAUGGGAAGAGGGUCCAUGACUUUGAGGGCUUGAGAGGUAAAUGCAUAUCACAUUGUGGUGCUUCAGCUCUUUGUAAGUAAAUAAAUUGUCAGGCUGGGGCAGGUAGUAGGGGAUAAUAAAGGAGAAAGAAAAAAUAAGGUGGGGAAAUCUGGGAAAAGGCUUCAGAGAUUAGGCUGAUAUUAAGGAUCAGAAUCGAGUUCAUCUGUGUAGGCAGAUCGGAGGCAGGACAGACACUGGGACUGAGGCCAAGGCCAGCCUGAGUUCAGAAUACAGAUAGUCACAUAAGAACCAGAGGAUUCAGAUACAUGAAGGUAAGACAAUGUCCAGUCAACUCCUGGGUGUGGCAGAAUGGAGACGCUGGACUCCUGUGGGCCUCUCUGAUGCCCAGCACUGCUUGCCAGGUGCCCUGAGCUCUCCAUCUCCACGGCGGCAGCACUCAGGCCUUCCUUUCUUCAUCACAUGAUGGCUUCUCCUUACUUCUUUCCCCAGUCCAAGCUGGAAUGGAAAGUGGGACCUAGUCUACCUUCCUUUGCUGUCCCUGAGGAAAUGAACAGGAGUCUGUGAAGUAUCAGAAGAUUUUAUUGCCAAUCAUUCCCAGUGAAAUAGACUAGAACAAAAAUUAGAAGCACGGUAAAAUUGCCAAGAUUAGACAAUCUUGCAAAAAUUUAAAAUUCUAAGUAAAAUUCUAGAUUUCCUCUAGAAAAAGUUAUUGAAAACUCCUUUAUACUUCUCUCUCUCGUUCUCUUUCUUUUUCCCUCCCUCCCCCACUCCCCUUGUCCCUGAGGCUUAGGAAUUAGGUUAAAACUCAAAGAGGUCAAAUAAUAAUGGCUUAAACACAUUAGGGGUUUAUAGUGUCUUACAUUAAGAAGUCCAGGAGUAGGCAGCCUGGGACCAGUGUGGCAUCGACGUUCCAGCUUCUUUCUGCCUUUCUGCCCCCACCCAUCGGCACGCAGCCUCCUUACUUAAGGUUGCUUCUUACGGUUCCAAGAUGGUGGAACCUACUCACGGCUGAGUAGGUUAUAUUGAGAGCUGCCUGGUGUGGGUGACAUAUGAGAACUAUGGAGUCUCCUCCCAGUUAGAUGGAAGGUCAGAUGUUUUCAAUAUUAACCGCUUUACACAUGCUUUGAGGACAUGAUCUAUGUCAUCAUCAGCUUUUUAAAAAUUUCAAAGUAUCAGGUUACCUCAAGAUUCACCCAUUUAUAAGAGCAUGGACUGUCACCAUUAAUACUUUUGUACCCUGCAUAACCCUUAAUACGACAAAUUCUGGAAAGUGUGUGUAAAUAUAUUCAGUUGAGUGAAAUAAUAAAGAUGAAUUAUAUUAUGAA